UUCCGAGCCAUUCCGAGCCCGUUGUGGAGGAGGACCUGCCGGGAGCUCCGCGUCCCUGACUUCGCCCGCCCGGGGCGCUCGCCCGUGGGCCAUGACCAGCAGACCCUGAACCUGCACCGACCCGGCUCCGGGAACGCGAGGCUCCGCGGCCCCGGCCAUGGGCAACUUCCAGCUGGAAGACUUUGUGGCGGGCUGGAUCGGAGGUGCAGCGAGCGUCAUCGUCGGCCACCCUCUGGACACAGUCAAGGCUCGCCUGCAGGCCGGCACUGGCUACGGGAGCACCCUUAGCUGCAUCCGCACUGUGUACAGGAGGGAGAGUGUGUUUGGCUUCUUCAAGGGCAUGGCCUUCCCCCUCGCCAGCAUCGCUGUCUACAACUCAGUGGUGUUUGGGGUCUUCAGCAACACGCAGAGGUUCCUCAGCCACCACCGGUGCCAGGAGCCCAAGGCCGGCUCACCCCGCGUGCUGUCUGACCUGCUCCUGGCCAGCAUGGUGGCUGGCGUGGUCUCUGUAGGGCUGGGUGCGCCCGUGGACCUCAUCAAGAUCCGGCUGCAGAUGCAAACACAGCCAUUUCGGGAAGCCAACCUCGGUUUGAAGCCCAGGGUGGCAGCUCUUGGGGAGCAGCCAGCCUACCAGGGGCCUGUGCAUUGCAUCAUAACCAUCGUGCGGACUGAAGGCCUGGCAGGGCUGUACCGGGGCGCCAGUGCCAUGCUGCUGCGGGACGUCCCGGGCUACUGCCUCUACUUCAUCCCUUAUGUGUUCCUGAGUGACUGGAUUACACCCGAGGCCCACACAGGCCCCAGCCCCUGUGCUGUGUGGCUGGCGGGCGGCAUGGCAGGAGCAAUUUCUUGGGGGACAGCAACUCCUAUGGAUGUCGUGAAGAGUCGACUGCAAGCUGAUGGGGUUUAUGUAAACAAAUACAAAGGUGUCCUGGACUGUAUCUCCCAGAGUUACCAGAAGGAAGGUCUUAAAGUGUUUUUCAGAGGCAUCACGGUCAAUGCCGUGCGGGGCUUCCCCAUGAGCGCGGCCAUGUUCCUUGGGUACGAGCUCUCGCUGCAGGCGAUCCGCGGGGACCACGUGGCGACCAGCCCCUGAGCACAAGAGCCAGCAUCACCUGACCAGGGCCUCAUUCUGCUACAGCUGAUGCUGAUGGCGGCGUCUCUAGAACCUGCGGUAGCGAAUUUACUGAAGAAAAAGAACGCCUCCCCGCCGACCCUCAGCCGACCGGUCUCACCUCCGGAAUCCCUGCUUUCCCAGUUGCAAGCACUCUUCCUCACCUCUGGGCUGGGGCCGCCGAGCUGCUGCCUUGGAAGGACCUUUGAUUCAUGACCAUCUAUUUCAGAUCCUCACUGGCACCUGAUAUCAAGCAGGAUCAAAUAGACCCUGCCCCCGAGACUGCUGUAAACUCACUGGGAAUUCACAGAGGAGCUGGAGUUGUCUCUGAGUUCCCAAAUAAAAACAUUUCUGUA